AUGUCCGCGCUCUCUUGUCUGCCGGAAAUGACCAAAAAAAAGAGUCGCUGUCCCCUGCGAUUUGACGGUUGUUGUAAGCGUUUCUUCAUCAUUUAUUACAUUUUUUACGAGAUAUAACACAUUUAUUCAACCAAGUGCGGCUAUUGAAGGAAGCAUUUUAGUGUCAGAAUGAAACGAUAGCAGAGUACGAGGAGGAACUUCCUAGAACAACAGAGAACAAGCGACGCUAUUUUCACGCCUCCAAUGGAUUCCCACAGAGCAGACGUCAGUGAAGAACACCUUUUCCCUGGGCAGCAGGAGUGGACCUCCAGCUGGAUAGAGCAAGAGACACCGCAACCCUCUCACAUUAAAGUGGAAGAGGAGGAGCCACUGACCCCCGACUUUAAAGAUACAACGGAUGUGCCACAGCCACCCCGCGUUAAAAAGGAAGAGGAGGAGCCAGAGUGCUGCCACAUUAAAGAGGAAGAGGAGGAACACAGCAUCAGUCAGGAGCUUCAAUGGUUGGAGUUCCCAGUGACUGGUGUCCCUGUGAAGAGUGAAGAUGAUGAGGUCAAAGGUGAAAGUGAGGAGAAGAGAGAGGCGGAGCCUCCAAGCAGCAGCUCAACACAACACAUGACAACAGAAGCUGAUGGAGACCACUGUGGAGGAUCACAAGCAGACAAGCUCUUAGCUCCACUAUCAGAUAGUGAGGACACAACGUCACACUCUCCUGACACUGAUGAUGAACACUCUAAAGAUGACAACAAAUGCUUUCAGUGUGACAAAACUUUCAGCAGCAAGGCCUAUCUGACUGUGCACAAGAGAAUCCAUACGGGAGAAAAACCAUUCAUGUGCUUUGUUUGUGGCAAAAGAUUCUCUCAGAAGUCCCAUGUUAAAGAACACGCAAAAAUACACACUGGAGAAAAACCUUUUACUUGUUCAGUGUGCGGUAAAGAUUUCAUAAGAAGUCAGUGUUUGAAAAGACAUCUGAGAAAGCACACGGGGGAGAAACCUUUAAUAUGUUCAGUUUGUGGUAAAGGUUUCUCUCAGAAGGCACAUUUGACAGCGCACAUAAAAAUUCACUCUCGAGAAAAACCUUUUAUAUGUUCAGUAUGUGGUAAAGGUUUUAAACACAACCAUUGUUUGAAAAUACACAUGAGAAUACACACUGGGGAGAAACCUUUUUCCUGCUCAGUGUGCGGUAAAGAUUUUGGACAGAACCAUGCUUUAACAAUACACAUGAGAACGCACACUGAGGAAAAACCUUUUUCCUGCUCAGUGUGCGGUAAACUAUUUAGACAAAGUCCACAUCUCAAAAUACACAUGAAAAUACACACUGGAGAGAAGCCUUUUUCCUGUUUAGUUUGUGGGAAAGUUUUCGGACAAAACCCUUCUCUCAAAAGACACAUGAAAACACACUGAAAUGAAAAGUUUUUCUUAAUAAUUUUAGACAAAAUCCACAACUGAAAGAACAUGUGAAAACACACCGAUAAAAAAUGUUUUUUUAAAAUAUAAAAUGAAAUGAAGUUGGUCAAGAAAGAAAAGAACAAAAGUGUGAACAAUAUUUACUAACUGCCAGUCUUCAUAAAUAUCCACUUAUAUUUUCAUACGAUUACGCUUAAUUCAGCUGUGCACAUCCAUCUUGUUGUUCCAUUGUAUUCGUCGUCCUUGAACAAGAAAUGUCA